AUGCAUUUGAAGGCUGCCACCAGGAACAGAGUGACGAACAAGCUUUUUGUGACCACGUUUCUUGUGGCCUUUUCCAGCGUGGCGCUGGGAUCGGUGCUCCCGUGCCCGGCCCACAGCUUGGACUCAGACACGCCUGUGCGCGAGCGCAACGAGGGUGCUCGUGCCGCGCAGGAAUGA